AUGGAAGAAGAGAAACCCUCUGAGGCCAAGGCUUCAUUCGGUAAGCGCAACGCCUUUUCCGAGUUGAUGUCGCCAAAGGCCAAACAGCCAAAACCAGAGGUUUCGAAGGCUGGAAAGCAUCGCAAUCCCUACGACAUUCGCAAUGGCUUGCUGGCAUACAUUCUAGAUCCAGCCAAAUUCGCACCAAAUGUGGUCAUCAGCUUCAACGAGCGAGUCGUCCUGCUCCGCGACGCGUUUCCCAAGGCUACUGUACAUCUGCUGUUGCUCCCAAGAGAUCCGGUCAAGCGAGAUAUGCAUCCCCGUGAUGCUUUGAAUGAUGCCGAAUUUUUGAAGAUGAUGAAGACAGAAGCUAGUGAGGCCUUGGAGUUGGCGGCGUCCGAAUUAUCACGGCAACUCAGCUCUUAUUCGGACUCUUGCAAGGAGCGCAUCGCCGCAAUGGAGGGCGACGAGAUACCUGAUGAGCUUCCACCUGGCAGAGAUUUUGCAAAGGAAUUCAAAGUCGGCAUCCACGCUCAUCCAUCUAUGAACCAUCUUCAUAUCCACAUCAUCAGUCGAGACAUGCAUUCUGAUCGCCUAAAGCAUCAAAAACACUACAACAGCUUCAACACCGACUUCUUUAUCCCUCUGGAGGACUUUCCCCUGGCGGAAGACGACAUAAGACGGAGCACGAGUUACCAGAACAGCAACCUGAAGAAAGAGUACAAAUGCUGGCGGUGCGGGAGAUUGUUUGGGAACAAGUUUCAACAGCUAAAGGCUCAUCUUGAGGAAGAAUUUCUUGCCUGGAGGAAAAUGUGA